CAGGGAUUCUUGAGAUCAAAACCUAACCGCAGAGUUUCCGGGUGACCAGCAUUCAUAGGAAUGAAGACAAACUCAGAGAUGGUGUGUCUCAGAAACUUCAAAAGGUGUAGACCCCCCGACUGAGGCGCAGUUAAUUUGAUUCGCUUUUUCAUAAACCCCCGCCCUCUGCCAGGGAGCCAUGAUCACACUAACUGAGCUGAAAUGCCUAGCCGACGCGCAGUCAUCCUAUCACAUCCUGAAGCCCUGGUGGGACGUCUUCUGGUAUUACAUCACCCUCAUCAUGCUGCUGGUGGCCGUGCUGGCCGGAGCCCUGCAGCUCACCCAGAGCAGGGUGCUCUGCUGCCUUCCGUGCAAGGUGGAAUUCGACAGCCACUGUGCCGUGCCCUGGGAGCUGCUGAGGGGCGGCGAGAACGUGUCCUCAGCCCCGGGCCUGCUGUCGCCGCUGCCGCUGCCGCUGCGGAUCCAGAACGACCUGCACCGGCAGCAGUACUCCUACAUCGACGCCGUCUGCUACGAGAAGCAGCUGCACUGGUUCGCCAAGUUCUUCCCCUACCUGGUGCUCCUGCACACGCUCAUCUUCGCAGCCUGCAGCAACUUCUGGCUCCACUACCCCAGCACCAGCUCCAGGCUGGAGCACUUCGUGUCCAUCCUCCACAAGUGCUUCGACUCCCCGUGGACCACCCGCGCCCUGUCAGAGACGGUGGCCGAGCAGUCCGGGAGGCCCCUGAAACUCUCCAAGUCCAAAACCUUGCUCUCCACCUCAGGGGGUUCCGCCGACGCCGAUGCCAGCAAACAGUCCCUGCCCUACCCACAGCCGGGCCUGGAGCCACCUGGCAUAGAGAGCCCGACUUCCAGCGUCCUGGACAAGAAGGAGGGCGAGCAAGCCAAAGCCAUCUUUGAGAAGGUGAAGAGGUUCCGCCUCCACGUGGAGCAGAGGGACAUCAUUUACCGGGUGUACCUGAGGCAGAUCAUCGUCAAGGUCAUUCUGUUCGUCCUCAUCAUAGCCUACGUCCCGUACUUCCUAAGCUACAUAACCCUCGAAAUCGACUGCUCGAUUGACGUGCAGGCGUUCACGGGCUACAAGCGCUACCAGUGCGUCUACUCCUUGGCAGAGAUCUUCAAGGUCCUAGCCUCCUUCUAUGUCAUCUUGGUGAUCCUUUAUGGCCUCACCUCCUCCUACAGCUUGUGGUGGAUGCUCAGGAGCUCCCUCAAGCAGUACUCCUUUGAGGCGCUCCGGGAGAAGAGCAACUACAGCGACAUCCCCGACGUCAAGAACGACUUCGCCUUCAUCCUCCAUCUGGCCGACCAGUACGACCCGCUCUACUCCAAGCGCUUCUCCAUCUUCCUGUCGGAGGUGAGCGAGAACAAACUGAAGCAGAUCAACCUCAACAACGAGUGGACGGUGGAGAAGCUGAAGAGCAAGCUUGUGAAAAACGCCCAGGACAAGAUCGAGCUGCAUCUCUUCAUGCUCAGUGGCCUUCCGGACAACGUCUUCGAGCUGACGGAGAUGGAGGUGCUGAGCCUGGAGCUCAUCCCCGAGGUCAAGCUGCCCGCCGCCGUGUCCCAGCUCGUCAACCUCAGGGAGCUCCACGUGUACCACUCAUGUCUGGUGGUCGACCACUCCGCCCUGGCCUUCCUGGAGGAGAACUUGAAGAUCCUCCGCCUGAAGUUCACCGAGAUGGGGAAGAUCCCUCGCUGGGUGUUCCACCUGAAGAACCUCAGGGAGCUCUACCUGUCGGGCUGUGUCCUCCCCGAGCAGCCUGGCACCAUGCAGCUGGAGGGCUUCCAGGACCUGAAGAACCUGCGGACCCUCCACCUCAAGAGCAGCCUGUCUCGCAUCCCCCAGGUGGUGACAGACCUGCUGCCCUCCCUGCAGAAGCUGUCCCUGGACAAUGAGGGAAGCAAGCUGGUCGUGCUGAACAACCUGAAGAAGAUGGUCAACCUGAAGAGCCUGGAGCUGCUGGGCUGCGACCUGGAGCGCAUCCCCCACUCCAUCUUCAGCCUGAACAACCUGCACGAGCUGGACCUGAAGGAGAACAACCUGAAGACGGUGGAGGAGAUCAUCAGCUUCCAGCACCUCCCCAGCCUGUCCUGUUUGAAGCUCUGGCACAACAGCAUCGCCUACAUCCCGGCGCAGAUCGGCGCGCUGUCCAACCUGGAGCAGCUGGUCCUGGGGCACAACAACAUCGAGAGCCUGCCCCUGCAGCUCUUCCUCUGCACCAAGCUGCACUACCUGGACCUAAGCUACAACCACCUGACCUUCAUCCCAGAGGAGGUCCAGUACCUGGCCAACCUCCAGUACUUCGCUGUGACCAACAACAACAUCGAGAUGCUCCCAGAUGGGCUGUUCCAGUGCAAGAAGCUCCAGUGUCUACUUCUGGGGAGAAACAGCCUAACAGACCUGUCCCCUCUGGUGGGUGAGCUGUCCAACCUCACCCACCUGGAGCUCAUUGGGAACUACCUGGAGACGCUGCCCCCAGAGCUGGAAGGCUGCCAGUCCCUGAAACGGAGCUGUCUGAUUGUCGAGGACAGUUUGCUCAGUACCCUUCCGCCGCCUGUGACAGAGCGCUUACAGACGUGCCUGGAUAAGUGUUAACCCUCAGGUCAGGCUCACGGCAAAAGCAGCUGUAAAGCCAGGCACCGGGAAAGGAGAAUGGACUUUCCUCAGUUAUCAAGAUGAAAAAUGGCCGCUGAUUGUGGCACAUCAUAACCAAAAUCUUACAGAUAACUCAUUUCAGGAUCUAAAUCAAGUAGGAAAAAGAUGUCAACACUGGAGUUUUGUGAGUAACUGAUUUUUAAUUAUUGAGAUGCUACAGACAGUAUGUGUUGAAGGUGGAUUGAGAGGCGUGCAAUUAUGGAGACUUUUAUCUUCAGGACUGCAUUUUUCCUCUCUCUUUUCGCCCAUUACUUAUUUGCACACUUGUUUUCACAUGACUUCCUAAUUUGAUAUUUAUCACCAAGCCCACGAAGACUCCUCAGUAUAAAUUUCCUUGACGUAUGCUCUCCACUGGCUUUGAUUUCUGUCCUUUCACUUUUUAAGCAGAGUGUACCGUGCUUGGCAGAGUUCCAUCUUGGCCUGCUUCUCCUUUCCUUUGUCAUUUUGCUGGAAUCUUCAUCUGGUUUUCUCUGAACAACAGCGAACAUCCCUGGGACAUUUGGCGUUCACCUAGAACAGGAGCCAGGGUUUCUAGGGCACGUGACCCAACUUCCUAAAAGUCGGUAUGGUCCCGAAGUACCUUCUUGUCGGUCCUCAAAGCCUUUUGUAAAUGUUAAGAAUUUUAUAUGAAACACGAAAUAUUUUGUACUGUACGGUCUCAUUCUAUCCCUGUGAGCACGCUUUCUGUACGAUGAGCAUGUUCAUCUCUGUCGGAACUUAAUGAUUCCUGGUUUGGGCUCAUUACAACUCUCAUGUUUGUAUGCAUUCUGCUCCAAGGGUUUUUGUACUCUGCAACUGACCCCUUUGGGGUGACAGAGCCUUGUGCUUUGCUCCCCUCGGCCUUUGAGGGGCUCCCUGCGAGAGGACAGGGCUGCAGCACCACCUACCUCUCCCUGCCGCUGCGCACGCAUGCGGGUGAUCCUCAGCCACUCCCGGACUGCGAUGGAGGGGAGGGCAAGAGCUGGGCUGGGAAGUUGACUGGAAACUGCUCUGUAGAAAUAGAGUGAGCACUAAAUAAAAAUGUGGGUCUCCUCCAUCCGCGUGGCCUCUCGACGCGACGCCAGCGGGCGCUGUUGCUCAGCCCCUCGCUGAGCCCGCCUAACUGAUGCCCACCCGCGCCCGGCAUCUCCUGGAUACGCCGUGCUCCUCCUGACAGGGAGCCAUGUCUGCGGCCCCUCGUUACCAUGCAGAUUGUUGAAUAAAUAAAAUGGGCAGGCUAGCUUGGGGAAGCGGAUGCUGCUUUGCGCUUUUCUCUGAUGGGUCUAGGCAUGACGAACCCACCUCUUUUCAGACCUGACUGUCAAGCAAUCUAUUAACUGCAGCUACAAAAAAAAAAAAAAAAAAAAAAAAAAAAAAAAAAAAAAAAAAAAAAACAAAAAAAAAAAAAAAAAAAAAAAAAAAAAAAAAAAAAAAAAAAAAAACUGCGAACACUGUGGGGUCAAGAAUCUUCUGAAGAGUCUCCUAAGAACAGAACCGCGGUGUGCAGUUUUUCUCUUCAUUUGUUCUAGAAAGAUGAGAGUGAGUCUUUGAAGCAGAUGAAAUGCCUGUCCCCUGACCUGCCACACAGGCCUGAUGCUCAGAGAAAAGAAUGACAUGGAGGACACUUGAGUAAGGUUAGUGACAAAGAAGAUACCGAAGGCCCAAAGCUGCCUGACACACCAUGGAUGUCAAGGAACCAAGUGAAAACAGUCAUCUUAGCAAAGCUCGCCCUGUUAGAAUGCUCUCGGGGGGCCAGGGUUGGCUGAGGCAGCCUCCCUGGGACCUCACGGGCAGGUCCUGGUGUAGCCAGGGCUUUCUUAUUUUCACUUCUUUAAGAAUGGUGAGGUGAUGGUUAAUGUUCUCCAGUAGAAUCAUCAUAUGGUCCAAUUUCGACAUUGACUGGAACUACCUGAGGUUUUUGAACAUAAACCUUGCAUGUGAGAGGGGUUUCAAUAUUAUCAGCCAUACUUCAUAUGAAAUGAAAGACCCCACCCUCUUCUAUAAGGAAAAUUUCAAAAGUUGAGAUUUUCCACCCUUCACCUGAUAAAAGAGAAAGCCCCCGUGCCUUGUUUCCAAGUUAGCUAACUCUUCCUACCUCCUCGAAGCAUUCCCUGGAAGGACCCAUCACGAGGUCUGAGCCGUUGUCACUGGCAGAAACCAUACUGCUCUUGAUACCACAGCUUUGAAAUCUCUUUUGUAUUCAUCACUUAUGCAGCAAUGCUGAGGCAGCUUUUAAAGCUAACACUAAGACAAUGACCAACACACUACCGCCUGACACACAGGGAUGUGGGUUAGCACUGGCUCUGCGAACCUGAGUGUCCACAGUCACCUAACUGGAGAAAAUGAAAUCUUCCAAAUUAUCAUGAUACGAAUUUUCCAAAAACCAAAUGUGAAGGAUCAAAAACAAUACUACAGUAAUAUGGGUCAGUUGCUUGCACACACAAAUACAGAGAAUGCACAUGCUUCGUACCUGCAAAUUUCAGUUUUCAGUUUCUUUAAUUCAUUACUUUUAAUCAUGAAGUAUUCCGUUUCCUUAGUUAUGGUAUUUAAAAUAAAAGCAAACAGUCUAGUUUGAGAAGGCGCUUGUGUUUCUACAAAGGUACAGCCAUUCCCUCACCUCCAUCGGGGUGGGUUUCUGCAGCACAGUGAUACUGCAUUUUCUUUUUGGUCUCCUGUGUAUCAGCAUAUUUGUUACUGUUAAACAGACUGGCUCAGGGUACACAAAAUCCUUGGCGUCUUGGUGAAGCAGCAAGCUCUGAUUUGUGUGCUGCAGUGCGCUAACGAAGUUUAUGACGUUGUUCUUUGGUCAUGAAGUGGCUCUGCUCAUGUUUUGUAAUUCAGAUGCCUUGUUUAACUAAAAUAGCGCAUCAUAGUGAUAGGUUCAUUGAAACAGCCAAACACUUACUCUGUGCACUUGACCUUAUUUCUUUAUGACGUAGCACUGGUCCACCCACAUGCGGUGUCCCCGUCCUCACCCACCUCGUGAAUCUGACGGGCACUGUACAGUGGCGGUCUGUUGUGUUACAGCGUCUGCAGUGACCCCUGGGUGAGGGCAGUCCUUCAUCCCCAUUAUAACACCCCAGCUUCUGGUCCCUGCUUCCAUUAACUGCACGUUGCACUAGAAUCUAUAUAAGUUCCAGAAAAGUAAAUGAGACUAAACAGAUGGAGAAAAGAAGAUUUCUUUCGCAUCCUGAAGGAAAUACACAUAUCUAUAUUAUAUUUAUAUACACAGGAUAAACCCUGCUGCAGUUGUCCUGGGUGAUAGUGUCCCUCUUCUGUACCGUCCCAUGUCUGGGAGAGCUGCGGGAUGGUUUCCUUCCUGUCUCUUGUCCACAGCAUCUCCGUCCAGUGACAUCGUCUGCUAUGUACCUUUCACAAUGGACGCCAUGACUGCAUUCUCGUCAGCUUCUAAAACUAUGAACAACUUCAUCAACAUGGGAGUAUUAACACAGAUUAAAUGAGCCAGAGUACCGAGGUGAGGUGGCUUCUGAUUGAACUUUGUUUCCGGGUGAAGUUUUGAAUUUAACACAGAAUAAACCGCAGCUGAGAAAAACAAGCAUGAAUGCCUCCUGCAUGUUCACUACUUCUAGCAGACAUGGUGUGAUUUUAAAAACGCAGAAGUGUGUAGCGGUGGAGUGGGUGUGUCUGCGCUCACGUCUGCUGUGCCACGUUCACGUGUACACUAAGACUUGAAACUCCUAAGUAAAAAGAUGGACUGAUCUUGAGUGGAGACAUUUUGUUGUUUAAUCUUUCCCAUAUCUUUGGAAAUGUAUAUCUGGAAUGAAUUACUAGAAAAUGCAAAAUUAUGUUCAGUGCUUUUGGCCCCUGGAUUGAAAUCCCUACCCUUCAGUAGAUUUGGGUAAAAUUUGCUGUUUUUAAAGUAUGUUUUGUGUAAAAAAAAAAAAAUGAGAUUUUUAUAAUAAAUGGCAAAUAAGAUGAA